AUGAUGCAUCUGAACCUGGUUCCGCUAUUUAUUCAGCUCCGAGGCAGCUCUUUCGACACUCUAAUAGAGUCGCGCUGCAUCUAUGAACUCAGCACGUUUUGCGUGGUGUUUUAUGUGAUUUUUGGGUUGUUUGCAGAGAAACUGUACACCGUGACAAUCCGUGGCAAUAUCUUGCUGAAUCUUGAGAAUGAUCCACUCAUGGACGUGCGCUGGUUGCCGUGUUCAGUACUGUCGUGCUGUCCUUCCCACUGCUUUUCCACCCUCUGCGUGGUGGAUCUGCCAUUCUGCUACUUUCCCAACUAUUGCUUGCAAUUGAUGUUCCUGGAAAUUGAAGUUAUCUUCGGUCUCGCUGGAGCCACGUUUGUCAUGGUUACUGGUAUCGCUGCAACAUGGUUUCUCCUUGCUGAAUAA